GAACCAACUUCACUAGUCUCUAAUCGAAAGGUUUGAUUUCCUUGUAACCGCGUAAAGUUUCGCAUUUUCAGGUCAAACCGAGCAAAGCCCUUCGUUUCUUCUCUCGGAAGACCCGCUCAUCUCUCCUUAUCUCUACAAUUUUUAAGUGCAUAAUAUACCAAUUAUGUAUAGGGCAGCUACAAAGCUAGCUUCUUCAAUCGGUUCAUCUGCAUCAAAGAAACUGGUGUACAGUAGGGUUAUAUCCAGUAGGAACUAUGUGGCUAAGGACGUAAAUUAUGGGGUUGGGGCCCGCACAGCAAUGUUGCAAGGUGUAUCUGAGGUUGCAGAGGCUGUGAAAGUUACAAUGGGACCUAAGGGUCGCAAUGUGAUUAUUGAAAAAAGUAGAGGAGAUCCCAAGGUUACAAAGGAUGGAGUCACUGUGGCAAAGAGCAUUAAAUUCAAGGACAGAGCCAAAAAUAUUGGUGCAGAUCUUGUAAAGCAGGUUGCCAGUGCAACUAAUACAGCUGCUGGAGAUGGUACAACUUGUGCAACUGUCUUGACUCAGGCGAUAUUAACAGAAGGCUGCAAAUCUGUAGCUGCUGGUGUAAAUGUCAUGGAUUUACGCAGUGGUAUUAACAUGGCAGUUGAUGCAGUUAUAUCUGACUUAAAAGAAAAAGCACAAAUGAUUAGUACCUCAGAAGAGAUUACACAGGUUGCCACUAUCUCUGCAAAUGGUGAACGUGAGAUUGGAGAAUUAAUAGCAAGAGCAAUGGAAAAAGUUGGAAAGGAUGGAGUGAUUACUGUUGCUGAUGGGAAUACUUUGGAUAAUGAAUUGGAUGUGGUGGAAGGAAUGAAGCUUGGAAGAGGCUAUAUAUCUCCAUAUUUUAUUACUGAUCAAAAGACACAGAAAUGUGAACUAGAAAAUCCCUACAUUCUUGUUUGUGAGAAGAAGAUAUCAGACAUGAACUCACUUGUGAGAAUAUUGGAGCUGGCUCUAAAUAAAAAAAGAGAAUUCCUUGUUGUGGCGGAGGAUGUAGAAAGUGAAGCACUGGCCAUGCUCAUUCUCAACAAGCAUCAUGCUGGAGUUAAGGUCUGUGCUAUCAAAGCUCCUGGCUUUGGGGAGAACAGACGAGCAAAUCUAGAUGAUCUUGCUGUUCUUACUGGUGGAGAGGUUAUCUCUGAAGAUCGUGGUCUAACUCUUGAUAAAGUCAAAGUAGAGAUGUUUGGCACCGCAAAAAAGGUCACUGUCUCUGUUGAUGACACUGUUAUUCUACAUGGUGGUGGGGAUAAGAAUUUGAUCGAAGAGAGAUGCAAGCAGCUGAGGACGGCCAUGGAGAAGAGUGAUGCUAUGUUUGACAGGGAAAAAGCACAAGAACGACUUUCCAAGCUAUCUGGUGGUGUUGCUGUUUUUAAGGUUGGAGGGGCGAGUGAAGCAGAAGUUGGAGAGAGAAAAGAUAGGGUUACAGAUGCUUUAAAUGCUACAAAAGCAGCUGUGGAAGAGGGUAUUGUACCUGGUGGUGGUGUUGCUCUCUUGUAUGCAAGCAAGUCUCUGGAGAAUGUUCAAACUCAAAAUGAAGACCAGAAAAGAGGUGUCCAGAUAAUUCAGAAUGCUCUUAAGGCUCCUACUUACACCAUAGCUUCAAAUGCUGGAUUUGAUGGUUCAGUUGUUGUUGGAAAAUUAUUGGACCAAGAUGAUCUUAAUGUGGGUUUUGAUGCUGCCAAAGGUUCAUAUGUUGACAUGGUGAAAGCCGGAAUCAUUGAUCCCCUUAAAGUCAUUAGAACAGCCUUAGUCGAUGCUGCAAGUGUGUCGAUGCUGUUGACGACAACCGAAGCAACAGUCAUGGAGAAUCCUGAUGACAAAAAUAAGCUUCCAAGUCGUAUGCCAGCAAUGGAUGACAUGGGCUAUUGAUUACAAGUUUCAGAAGCGUUAAACAUAACAUCUACUGUAACAUUACUGAGGCAUUAAAAUACUCACCUGGAUUCUUGAUUACACAGCCUUGAAUUGCAUGCAGGAGGUUGAAUUUUGACAGGUAAAGGGGAGAGAAUUAAGUUGCAAGUACAAUUUGGGAUACUUGUAAAGAAAUCUUUAUUUAGAGUGCACAGUCUCAGAUCAAGAUUGAGAGAGCCAAGAUUCAUUGAAAAAUACCUCAGAUCUUUAUAUUUUAUGGAAUUAGAAAUUCCAGAUGUUUUUAUACAAAGAAAAA